AUAAUACUCAAACAAAAAAAGACAAGAAAUGUCCUAUCAUGACAGAUUAUUAAAACUCAACUGGCAAACAUUGGAAUCAAGGAGGACAUUUUCACUACUAUUUUAUGUUGUCAAAGCUUUGUAUGGUAUUGUACGUUGUGAUGCAGUUAGGUGUUCCAUUAUCAUUAACAGUCGGCAUUUGGAGGACGUGAAGUUCAACCACCUCCGAGCGCGAACAAAUUGACUUCAUCUAUCAGCUAUUAAUUCUUUUCCCCGUUACUGGGAUGAAUUGCCGAUUUUUUACAUGGGAAUGGUAAUUUAUACACCAGCACUUGCCCUGAAUGCAGCUACUGGAAUGAGUCUAACGGCCAGUAUCAUCUCAACUGGGUUAGUUUGCAUCUUCUACACCACCAUUGGUGGCAUAAAAGCAGUACUAUGGACCGAUGCUUUCCAGACAUUGGUGAUGGCUGGUGGGAUUGUUGCUAUCAUCAUCGCUGGCACUAUGGAAGUCGGUGGAUUCAAUAAAGUCUGGGCGAUAGCCGACGAAGGGGAGAGAAUUAACUUCUUUGACAUGAGAACUGAUCUUACCAUUCGGAAUACCUUUUGGACCGUGACAGUUGGAACCUUUAUGACAACCUUCCAUGCAUUUGGGAUGAACCAAGCCAUAGCUCAGAGAUGCCUCAGUCUCGGCUCCGUCCAAAAAGCAAAACGGGCAAUAGGAGUUGCAGUGCUAGCUGAAUGGGCUGUCAUUAUACUCAUGGGAUUAUCUGGCGUGGUGAUGUAUUCAUAUUACUUUGAUUGUGAUCCGUACACUGAUGGCAAAGUCUUCAGCCCCGAUCAGAUCAUGCCGUACAUGGUGAUGGAGGUGUUCGCUAAGACGCCCGGUAUCCCAGGAAUCUUUUUGUCUUCCGUUAUCAGUGCUUCCCUCAGUACCCUUUCUUCUGGUCUGAACGCUAUGGCGGCCGUAGCUGGAGAGGACAUAAUCAAGAUUUUGUGGCCAAGAAUCCAAGAGAAAACCUACACUGCAAUUUCAAAGCUUCUGUGUCUUGUGUUUGGAUUUCUGGCCAUUGGGGUUGCUUUUCUUGCCAUGGGAAUGGGAGAUCAAGUUCUAGAGAUAGGCAUAUCUAUCGCUGGACUGACAAGAGGGGCUGUUAUAGCAACGUAUACGUUGGGCGUAUGUAGUGCUAGGAUAAAUAACAAGGGUAUUAUAUUGGGAACCGUAGUUAGUACCGGCAUUCUAAUCUGGAUAAAAGUUGGGAAGACGUUUGCAGAUAAUAUUAGAUCAGACAGACUCUCCUUGUCUGUUGAAGGUUGUGUUUUGGACGAAAACUCAACGAACCUCACUUAUUAUUCAACGACACCAGCCGGUAUUGAGACAUUGGUAUCAUUCACUGAAUCGUCACCAAAUGAGACAGCUAAUGCCGAAAGGACUGUGUUGGAAAAUUUCUACUCGCUCUCUUUCCAUCUUUACGGUACAUUUGGAUUCCUUAUGACCGUGGUUGUCGCUAUCAUUGUCAGUGCCAUAACAGGUUUUAAUGAUCCAGAGUCAGUAAACAAGCGAUUACUAAUCGACAUCGGAGAUGCUUUUUGUUGUUUCCUUCCUCGGUGGUGGCAGAGAAAGCUUCACAUUGUAGAUGACGUCAUUGAUGACGAACAAAAAGACGUCAAGAUUCGUGGGAUGACCAACGGAACUGCAUACGAAGAGAUCUCACAAGGCCUAGUCGAAAGCCCUACGGACAAAGAAUACUCGGCUACAACGUAUGACACUACGAUCUGAUGAUUGGUUUAAAGUGAAGAAAAUGAAAUAAUAUUUGGAGGGUAACUCCUUGGUUAAAUUAACAUUAUGAAAAAAUAUACUCAAAAGGUGAAGGAUCACUGACUUCAAUUGCUUGUACAUCUAAUAUGGAUUAUGAAAUGAUUCGGAACCCGAGAAGAGGUGAGGGGAGGGAGGGGACAACAAGUAUAUGAUCACGAGUACUCGAUUUGUGACUCAACAUAUUAUUGAUUGCUUUGUUUUGACACAGUUAAAAAAAAACUAUACAAAAAAAAAUGGCGGUCUGCGAACUCUUGUUAUUCCAUGUAGAUCCAUGGUUAUUCAGUGAAUUCCCCCAUACAGGUGCUUCCAUUGUUGUUUUGUGUUGCUGAUAUCUUACAUUUAUGUUUAUCUCUGUGUUUCAAUUUAUUUUGGGGCAAUUGGCAUGAUAAAAAGAUGAAUCCAGCUUUGGUCAUAAAAUGUUGUGUGGGUGAGAAGAAAAAUAACUGAAAACAGAAUGGUGAAAGUUUGAAAGAAUUCAGACAAGCAACGAGAAAAUCAAAAUCAUGACUGUUGUAAAGUUUAGGACCCUAUAUGACUAUCAAUAUUUCAAAUUGGCAACUGGGUGCGUAAAUUAUGACAAGUGAUAGGGACAAUUUUCUCACAUGCAGGCUUUGUACUUAAUUAUCAGGAAUUUGUAAUUUUCUGCCAAUGACCUAUUCUUCUGGAGCAGUAAUCAAAAUAUAACCAAAGUAGCAUAUUGUUAUACAUCCUCAUGGAAGAAAAAUAUGAUUGGAAGUAAAACUUUUGAAAAAGUACGUUUUAGCAAUUUUAUGAAAUGGAGUAAAUGGAAGAGUAGUCCUUGCCUUACAUUACUAUGACAACACUAAUUCGGCCAAUUCGAAGUCUCCGUGGUUAUCAAUUUUUACAACUUUUGACAAUACAGAAUUUUCUUAGUUGUCCGAUAUCAAACUUUCACCUAUCUAAUUGUCUUAUUUUUUACCUCUAAAAACAUAUUUUUAUUUAGGUUGGAUUCCUCUUUAAAAUCGAAUGUAAGUGGCGAAAAUUUUGACAUAUUAUAGAUGAGGCAUUUAUUAAAUCAACUGUUACAAUAGUACGACUUCACAAAAUCAGCGAGAAGCCGAAACAUUUCCUACAUCAUAAAAAUAAAUUACAAAAGUGUGUGAUUUGAUAAGGUCCCUCUCAUGAAGGCAGCACGUGUUAUGCGUAUCACUCUAUUGUGAAAUUAAACGAAACUUAAAAACAAAAGUACUCACUUUUUUCAGUUUUACAUCCGACUUUGUUUAAAUUUUCAGUGUUUUGAACUGUUAUAAAAUGAAUUAAAAUUACUAUUAGCAGGAACCUUAGAUAUGAUUCAUGUGAUGGAUUUCCUUCGUAUCUAAUACAAUGGUAUCAAUAUAAUACGGGUUUUUCAUUUCUUCAAUUUGUCCUACUUAUAUUUUCACCACUUUGUACGAUGUACUAUUUUUUACUUGGUAUUUCAAUAAUAAAAUUCAUAGUUUGAAAUAAAAGUUUGAUCUGAAGUCUUACUUUGAGGAACAUAAAAAAGAAUAAGUUUGAUAAUUUCGUGGUCCAAAGAUUUCCACUGUACAAUGAUGAAACAUAUUUUGCUGACGCUACAAAAUCUACAAUGCUCUUUUAUCCUGCUUUCAAAAAGAUAGAAAUGCUAUGUGCAUUAUUGGUAACUAGGUGUUACCACAUUUUUUAAAAAUGUAAAAUGAAUAAUCAUUCCUCAUUGUGUCCUGUCAUAAUAAUGUAAUGAGAAAUAAAUUCCAUAAUCAUGAAAAUUCAACGAAAAUAUGCAAGCUGAAAAAUAUAACUCCAUUUAUUAAAAAAAUAUGAUUCAGGGGCGGCGGAACGUAUUUUCGUUUAGGGGGAGGGCAAAGCCAAAAAAGGGCACUUAUAAAUGUAAAAAUGGGCAUUUUGGUGCAAACGGAUAUUUUCAUCAGGAGAUUAUCAUCUGCGCGAGGUAGUUAAGCUAAGCCUUUUGAAGUGGUUUAUGAUUGAUAAGCUACGUAUCUCGGCUUUAUUCUUUUGUCCUCGAGUGAGCAUAGCGAACGAGCGGUUUGGAAAAAAUCAAAUCUGAAGUUGUCAAACUCGCUUUUGGUCAAUUAUGGCGCUAUUUACUGUUAAAAGUGCAUGUUGCGAGCGCGAAUACAUAACAUAAUGGGGCAGCAGCCCAUUUUUUUUUACGUCAAAUAAUAUUCUAAUAACGUUGUUAAUUUUUGAUGAAAUUUUCACCGAUUUGCCUGUUUCAUUUACUUAAUUUAUUAAGAACAACCUCCGGAAAGACACCACUUUAAUGUUCUAUUCUGGUUUGCUCCAGCUGAAAUAAUCGUAAUGAAUUGUUGUUGUUGUUGUUGAAUAUGAUGGCGCUCUUCAAUCUCUCCAGAUUAUACGCGCCAGUCACUUUCGUAAGUAUAGGACGUCGUCGGCAAAGGAGAUCCAUACGACGUUAAACCAUUGGUGACGAUUAUAUGACAUAUUAAUAUAGAUUAGUCACCCAUCCACCUAUUAUAUUAGUAGGUCCUACAAGAUUAAACAUCUUCGAGGAAUAAUACUUCAAUACAAAUAGAGAAAUUAAAUAUCGCCCGUGCUAAAUGAUUGUUCGUGAAAAAGGGCACACCAGCUAACCAAUCGGCUACUAGUUAUAUAUUUAUAGAAUUUCUUAAAAUAUUCGUCAAAUAACAAUUCAAAUGUGAUAUCACAUACAAUUACACGUCCUUCUUAUUCUUUUGUCUCGUCUUUUCUUAGUUUCUUAUUAAUACAAUUUUUAAAUCCUUCUUGUGUUUGAAAGAAAAAAAAAAAAGGGGAAAAAAAAAAAAAAAAAAAAAAAAAAAAGGACACACACCUAACUGUAAAAACGGUUAGUGGCAUAUAUAAAACAUAGUAGUUUCCGUGUAUAAUCGGGAUUAAUUAACAAUUGUUUAAGAUUCGGGUCAUUCAUCUUAAGUUUAUUAAACAUAAUGCGUCUCUCCUUUACA